CGACUGCUCGACAUGGGAAACUCGGAAAGUUCAGUGGAAGAACACGUGGAGCAGGCGAGAAAGACUGGCGUCUGCUCUCUCAAGGAGCGCAAGCUGUCGCAAGUGCCACCGGCAGUGCUGAGUCUGAAGUCAAGUCUGAGGACCCUGGAUCUGUCAGUCAACAGACUGACUUCCCUCCCUCUGUCUAUGGGAGAUUUCUCUCUCCUGAAGACACUCAAUGUCUCUCACAAUAGACUGACUAGUCUUCCAGACCUCGGCCAGUUGAAGAAACUCGAGACACUGACAGCAGAUGACAACUCUCUCUCCUCUCUCCCCGACUCAUUCUCCCAGCUGAAGUCACUGAAAUCUCUCCAUCUUUCACACAAUAAACUGUCCACCUUCCCUCCCCAUCUUCGUCAGCUAUCACACCUCCAGUUUGUCGACCUAUCGACCAAUCAGAUUGCAGAGAUUCCAGCUGAGAAUGUCGAAGGAUUAGCGCUAGUCGAGCUGAACCUAAACAACAACAGUGUAUCAGUAAUUCCUGAAGCCCUUGCUACUUGCCAGAGAUUGAAGGUAAAGGUAGUCUAUAUACAGUGGAACCUCGAACAAGGGACACUACAGGGCUGAUGAUUUUGUCGUGUUGAGGGGUCAUCUCUUAUUGGAGGAUCCACCGUAACUUUUGAGACGUCUGCAUUCACAAUUUGCUCGUUUACCAGUUCUAACUAUUCCUGGUUGCGAAAAUUUACCUAUUGUGUUAGUCUUUCUGUCUCUCUCUACUUGCAGGUGCUAAGAGUGGAAGAGAACACACUCCAGUUGGGAGGCAUCCCUCCCUCCCUCCUCUCCUCCUCUGCCAUCAGUCUCCUCUGUACAUCUGGUAACCUCUUCCAGAACAGGGAGCUGCAGGAUCUUCCCGAGUACCAGCUGUAUAUGGAGAGAUAUACUGCCACUAAAAGAAAAGCAGAUUAGUUUUUCAUUCAUGUGUCCACAUCAUUUUAUGCUAAUAAUAGUUGCUGCAUCCCGAAUUACAUGUGUGUGUAGUGGUCUGGCGGCGACUGACGAGCGUAUAGUGCGCAUGCUCAUGGGUCAUACUGCUGGCGCGGGUGUGGGCGUGGUCUUGGAACAAAUUGCCCAUGCGCGCGCGUUUAGCUCGCCCGGGCCCCCCCCCACACUAUUAUAGCAGCAGCGAGCGACGACAGGGGCGGAUCACCGACAGGACGGCAAUGGCGACAUGGGGACAACCUAGCUCUAGUCCUCCCACUUACGAGCAGAUACUUAACCGCCAUGGGCUCAAGAGACGGGAAAUGCAACGGCGAUGUUCGGGCGACGAACUUUUCCCGAUAGCGCGAGAGAUGAUUCGAUGGCGGAGCAUAGACCUUGGACUACAGAAAGGCAUCAUAAACUCCAUCGAAAACGAUCCGACUACAGGCGAGGAAGAGAAGCAGAUCAAGCUCCUAGAGCGGUGGAGGGAGUCGUACGGUCACGACGCGACCUACGAUAGACUAGCUUACAGCUUCUGCUCGUCCAACCGAGUGGACUUGGCCGACGUCGUGUGCGAAAUGAGGAAGAAAGGUUGCCAAGUGCCUCUGCCUGCCUCUGACAUGAGUGAGCUCUGGGAGGAAACAGAAACAGAAACAGAGGGAAACGUUCAGCCCUUUGUAAAACCAGAGGAAGCAACUACUACAGAUGAGGGUGCAGUUGAUGACCGUGGCAUUCCUCCUGGUCAGGCAGAAAGCAUCGGUGCUGGACAGAGAAGUCGACCCAGAACAGUAUCUGAAAAGGGACAGAAUCCUGAAGAAAAGCAGAUAGGUUUCGACCAGUCAGGGUGGCAAGAACAGAGCGAUGGAAGGAAAUCUACACCCAUAUUUGCAAGCAGCUUCCCAUCAGUGAAGCAGAAAUCUCCCCAAACAAAACCACCAAAACAUGCCCUCGCAGAAUCCCCAAAGGCUCUUGAGAUGACAUGUGAAGCGCUGAAAUCAAGUUUAACACACAUAGACAAACUGAGAGAGGAGAGGGAGACAAUGGCAACCAACAACGAAAAGAAAGUGAGAGAGUUGCUUGAUCGCAAUAAUAAAGCAGCGAGGCUGAUGGCAGAAAAGGACAGGCAAAUCCAAGCACUAGGGGGUGAAGCAAAUGAUAUGCAGAAAAGACUUAGAGCAGAACAGAAAGAAUCUAGGAAAGUGAAGGGAGGUUUGGCGGAGAGAGACAAAAAGAUUUCUGAACUUCAGGACGACAUCCAACAACGAGACAAAGAACUCGAACAAGUUAAAGACAACCAGCAGAAACUAACAGAGGUGAGGAGCAGCUUCUGCAAGCCAGGGGAAAACUGGCGGAUGAAACGAGGAUGAAAAAUGAAAUGGAACAAAAACUUGCACGCACAUCCAAGCGAAUUAAGCACCUCGAAACAGACCUGAAGAAGGCCAACACCAAUGUAGAUGAAACUCUGAAAGAGCGCAAGUGCCUUGAAAACAUUGUGCAGUGGACAAAAGAUGAUGUGGAGGAGGAAGAUGAAGAAGAAGACGAGAUAGCAUCGCUACACUCCAAGUUACUGGAGAAAGAGGACGAAAUAGCAAAACUGAGAAAACAAAAACGAAUUUACAGAAUUGCAUUUGUCAUCGUAGUCAUAAUUCUUGCCUGUCUUGUUCUGUCCCGUGUUCCCAUCACCUGCUCUCAUCUCUUUGGUGGCCACACUGAGCUCUAGCAAUGGAAAAUGUGUCGAUUGUGUUGUGUGAGUAUCACC